GAGGCAUUGGUGGAGUGUGCCCGUGCUCUCGGAAACAUAUCCAGGCAUGAGGACGUCCGGCAGUGGAUGGUGGAGUUGCGGAUCGACGAAGUGCUGUCGAUCUUGUUGUCCCAUCAUGACCGCGACCUCGUGUUCUACUCUUGUGGCGCCUUCGUGAAUCUCGCUGCCGAUCCGGAGGUGUCCCAGCACCUGCGGGAAGGUUGCGGCGUUUUGGAGAAGCUUGCAGCUGUGCUUCUGGAAAGUGAUGAGGCUGCAAAGUUCUUCGGCCAGUGCAAAUCCUUUGCUGAUUACAACUACAGUACGGACCCCAAGACAGGUUCCCUAGUGCAAUUAACUUGA